UGGCCCUGCUUCAGACUCUGAGCUAACUUAGCUUUUUAAAACACACACACUUCUUGUUUUUUUUUUUGUUUUUUUUUCGCAAGAACCUUAAAUUAAGACAAAAAGUUUUUCGAAAAGACAACUUUAGUUUAAACUCUUGAAUAUUUUUGUUGUAAUUUUUACUCUUUUAGUUUCAAUUCUUUUAAUUAUAAAAUUAUUUUGUUGAAGUAUAAAAAUUAUUUUGAUGAAUUAUACAAUUAUAAAAAUUAAUGAAUUGUAAAAAUUAAUUUAGUUUCAAAAUUUUUGAGUUUAGUUACAGAGUUAUUUUGAUGAAUUGCAAGAAAAUAAACUAGACGAAUUGUGGAUUUACACUAUUAUUAUUGUUUAAUUUAACUGAUUUAAAUUAAUUUUAACUAAAAUUUAAAACAGUUUAAAAAAAAUUUAAGUUGUAUAAAUUAAAUUUUAAGAAAUUCAUAAUUUGCCGCGGCAAACUUAUUUUAAGAACAUUGCUUUUUGUUAGAUACUUUUCUAGCUUCUGCAAUGUCAUCGCAGUCGCAAUUACGUUUGAUUAUCAACGAGUUCUCUAGAAAAAUUCAAACGAAGUUGAAUACACAGAAGCUGCAUAGCUUCGUUACCAAGUCCCAACUCGCGCGUGAUCCCUAUUUCGCCACGCAGCUUGUCAGAUGCUAUUCCUUAAACGAUGAUCUUAUCUCCGCACGCAAACUGUUCGACGUAUUUCCUGAGAGAAGCGUUUUCCUCUGGAACUCUGUGAUUCGAGCUUACGCUAAAUCUCAUCAUCUUGGCCCCGCUUCCUCACUCUUCUCUCAGAUGCUUAGCUCCGAUACGAAGCCAGAUAGCUUCACCUACGCGUGCUUAGCUCGUGGCUUCUCAGAGAGUUCUGAUACAGAGGGGCUUAGGUGUAUCCAUGGAAACGCAAUUGUGUCUGGUCUUGGCUUUGACCAAGUUUGCGGCAGUACACUUGUUAAAGCUUAUUCAAAAGCUGGCCUAACGUUUGAAGCGAGUAAGUUGUUUUAUUCAGUAACAGAGCCAGAUGUUCCUCUAUGGAAUGCUAUGCUCUCUGGAUAUGGAAGUUGUGGAUAUUGGGACGAAGGAAUCAGUAUGUUUAAUUUAAUGUUACGUCAAGGGAACAGACCUGAUUGUUAUACGAUGGUAGCCUUGAUGACUGGAGUGAUUGAUCCUGGUUUAACACUCGUUGCUCGGUCUGUCCAUGGGUUUUGUUUGAAAGUGAAUCUAGACUCUCAUUCUUAUGUUGGUUGUGCGCUUGUGAGCAUGUACUCGAGGUGUAAGUGCAUAGCUUCUGCUUGUGGUGUGUUUAGUGGCAUCUCUGAGCCUACUGAUUUAGUUGCGUGUUCUUCUUUGAUAAACGGUUACUCGAAAUGUGGACACCACAAGGAGGCUUUGUGUCUGUUUAAUGAGCUGAGAAUGAGUGGUAAGAAGCCAGAUUCUGUUCUCGUUGCGAUUGUAUUAGGGUCUUGUGCUGAGUUAUCGGAUUCGCUCUACGGACAAGAGGUGCACAGUUAUGUUAUUCGACAAGGGCUGGAACUUGAUAUAAAGGUUAGCUCUGCUCUUAUAGACAUGUACUCAAAAUGCGGGGUUCUUGACUCAGCGAUGACUCUUUUCGCUAAAGUUCCAGAGAAGAGUGUUGUUUCGUUCAACUCUGUUAUUUUGGGUCUCGGCUUGCACGGAUUCGCAUCCUCUGCUUUUGAAAAGUUCGACGAGAUGCUUGAGAUGGGAUUGCAACCCGACGAGGUCACUUUCUCUGCUCUCCUUUGUACAUGUUGCCAUUCUGGUCUUUUACACGAAGGUCAAGAGAUGUUCAUGAGGAUGAAGAGGGAGUUUGGUGUUGAGCCAAGGACGAAACAUCAUGUUUACAUUGUGAAGCUAAUGGGAAUGGCUGGAAAAGUGGAAGAAGCAUUUGAGUUUGUGAUGUCACUGCCAAGACCGGUUGAUACUGGGAUUUGGGGAGCAUUGUUGUCAUGUUGUGAAGUUCACGAGGAUGCUCAGUUGGCUGAAGUUGUAGCAGAGAAGAUAAGAGAGAACGAGGAGGAAGAGAGAAGAAGUGUUUACAACGUUAUGCUCUCUAAUGUGUAUGCCAGAUAUGGGAAAUGGGAUGAAGUAGAGAUGCUUAGAGAUGGUGUUUCAGAGAGCUUUGGAGGCAAAUUGCCAGGCAUUAGCUGGGUUUAACCGCAAGGAAGCAGUUCAUGGCUUGGUUGGGUCUAUGUUGAGGCAUAGAUGGAAAAAAAGUUUAGGAAUGGAGUAUAAGCUAAGCAUAGAAGAAGCUCUUCGGUGAUGUUUGAGAAGCAGUACGAAGAUAAAGAGGGGAGAUCAAGGACGCCAUGGUUGGCAAAAGGAUGUUCAGUAGGAAGAUGAGGUUAGUAACAAGCUCUCGAAUUAGGAUUUUAGAGACGUGAAUGAUAGGUAAAUUGCUAAUGAUAGUGGCAGAGAUAUAUCUAUCCUUGGUAGAGUUGUUAACAUUAGGGAUCCUAUUUAUUUAUGUAUUAAACAAUAACUGAAAGUGCAGAACAUUUUUAGUACAUAAUGAUUUCAAGGUUGAUAUCAAACGGUAUCUCCCUUAACAAAGCUAGAAUAAGAAAAGCAACUAGGUAGGUCAUAAGAAAGUACACAGUAGAGGAGUUGUCUAUUUACUUCUUGGUUGAUUCCUUCUCAUUAAACUCCUUACAGAAUGCAAUUAUUCUUCCAGCC